CCGGGGGAAUGGGACCGUGUCUGCGGAGCUUUGUGCGUGUGUGUGCGGGCAGAGAGCAGAGAUACUGGGGCAGACGUGUGGAGGACAGACCCGGAGCCUCCUCUUCUCAGCCAGCGACACUUGAGUGCAGCUGAAGCCGCAGUGAGGUGGAGGUUCCCGGCGCACUGCUGCGCCGCGCCGCGGGGGAUGUGCGCACACAAUGGGAGACGACGCGCUGGCACCGUCCGGGACUCGACAACAACGUUCACCCGCGGGUUGUGCGCAAUGGAGACCGGAGCUGGAUCCUGAGCUGCCCGCCGGACAGGACGGGUCCCGCUGCUGAGGACUCCCUCUGCCCGCCUGCAGGAGUGUUUUUACUCCGGUGCAGAGGCUGCUGUGAGCCGGGGACAGGAGCGGAGGAGCCGCCUGCUCCGAGUGCCUGCUGCCGGUUCGAUUCCGCUGGGACGAACCCGGAAUGUAUUUCCUGCGUCAAAGUGCUGUUUGCACAUCUGGAUCAGAGGGAAGUCCAUGUUUGGAGUCGAACCAGUGUUGGAAACGUCUUCAGCCACAGCAGAGCUUCUCUUCUUAAUGUGAUGAAGGUCUCACUCGCAGGAACUUCAGCAUCUUCUCAGUGUCUCUCAGGAAAGUGGAUCUGUGAUUAAACACCUUCAGUCGGUGUUCUUUGCUGCAGACUCUUCAGAGGGAGGAGGAGGAGGAGGAGGAGGAGUAUGUACCUCCUGGACAGUAACUGCACUGACAGGAUGGACAGGGGCACGCCUCAGAGGAAGACCGUGUACCGCAUCUCCCUCACCCUGGUGAAGAGGGAGAGUCUGGACGACGAGGAUGGAGAGCAGGACCCCCGAAGAGCGGAGAACCCCAAGGUGGGCGCCUUCCGCCGGGAGGGCUCGGUGGAGGUCCAGCGCGGCGGCCUGCUGGAGCAGCUGAAGGAGGUGGAGGACGAGAACGACGACUUGUCCUCGUCACACAGAUACAUGAGGAACUUCAGGACGUUCAGCACCGGGCAGCUGGAGCUGGGGAGGAUGAAAAUGUCCAGGAAACAGAACGAGCUGAAGGAAAAGGCCACCAGCCCGUUAGCAGAGCAGAGCAGAGCGACCCCCGAGAGCAUCUCAGCUCAGGGUGCAGAGGACGCUCCCAGGGAGGACAGGCGGCAGGAAGCAGAGGAUUCAGAGGCGAUUUCCUCUGAACCUCCUCAAACAGAGGCUGCGCUGGAGAACGGCAGCGAUCAGAAGAAGAAGAGGCUCCUGAAAGCAAAGAGCGUGGAGGAGAGGAGCUCUGACGCUGCUCUGAACGGCGAUGAGAUAUCUCACUCCAAGAGUAACGGGAAACCAGCGAAAGUUACUUCUCCUGAGACCCCCCCUCCGAAGAGACCACCCGGACUCCUGCGUCGCAGCUUCAGCUUCAGGCACUGGACGGGCGGCGAGCUGCUGCGUCUGCGGGCGCUCUCCAAAGACAAACACCACAGCAGCUCCGGUUGCAUCACCCGUGACGCGGGGCCUGAAGGCGGUGAGGUGACCCCAGAGGCUGCCGCUGUGCCGCCACCUUCUCGCCACAACGACCUCACCAGAGAGAAGAGCAGGACCCUGGAGGUCGGAGCCGUCCUGAACAAGACGGACUCCAUGACGGAGCUGAGCCGCUGGGAGAGAGCUCGCGGCAACAAGAACCGAACGCUGGACAACAGCGACCUGCAGCGUCUGGCGGCCGAGAAGGACGCACCAGGAGGGGGGUUCCUGCUGCGGGGCGGAGGCGGUCGCUCCAGUGAGAGGCGUCUGGUUCGCUUCUUCAGCGGGAUCUUCUCCAGGAGGGACGGGGUGUCCACUUCCACGCCGGUAGGAAGCCCCAGCACCAACCGGUCCCUGCGGCGGAGCAGGAGGGCGGCGCUGUCUCAGUCCAGUACGGAGAGCAUGAACGGAGGAAGCACUGACG